AUGGAGGUAUGGUCCUUACGAGGUAAUGCGAGUGGCGUGUACUGUACCACCGAUACGCUGUUGCGGUUUCUAUGGACUACCCUCGGUGGUUGGAGCGAGCUGUUCGACCAGGGCAAAUCAACGAAAGGCGCGAGCAAGCUAAGACGCGACCUCAUCAACGCAGAGAUUGCCAACCUUCGGGACUUACUGCCCCUCCCCCCUUCCACCAGGCAGAGGUUGUCACAACUACAACUGAUGGCUCUCGUCUGUGUCUACGUGAGGAAAUCCAACUACUUCCAACAAGUGUCCAUGGACGGUGCCGAUUGCUUACCAUCAGGUGCUCCGUCAGCCCGUUUACCGGCUUAUGCUAUAAAAAAAUGA